AAUCGCUUUCGUUAGUUUUACGUAAGUUACGCGAUGAUAAGAACAUGGCGGAUGCAUUUUAUGUUUUAUACCUUUGACGUUUCAGUCUAUGCCCUAUGUUGGGCUUUAUCGUAUUUUAUCAAGAUAUAAUAUAUUGAUGCAAAAAGCUUGGCCUGUCUUGUAGAACACAUCGAGUGAUACCAGUCUAAAUUAAAAAAUAAUAAAAAAUGCAAAUUUUCAAUGUUUAAUUGAUGUUAAACUUUUAAAUAAGUUAAAGAUAAGGAAGAGGAAAAAAAUGAGAAAUACAAACAAUUAUUGCAUUCCGCAAUGAAUAGCGGUUAUGUUUUCCAAUGGAAAGUGGUUUAACAACAAUGGCGGGACUGUCUCCGUCGAAACGGAGGUUACAGAAAGAAUUAAUGUCAUUAAUACGUGAACCACCACCUGGUGUCAGAGUAGAUGGUGAUUCAGCUGGACAAAAUUUGACGCAAUGGAUUGUACACAUGGAAGGUGCAAAGGGUACCUUGUAUGAGGGUGAAAGAUUUCAAUUACAAUUUAAAUUCAGUUCCAAAUAUCCUUUCGAUUCGCCAGAAGUAACAUUCAUUGGUAAUAUACCAGUUCAUCCACAUGUUUAUAGUAAUGGUCACAUUUGCUUAUCAAUUUUAACUGAUGAUUGGUCACCUGCACUCAGUGUGCAAAGUGUAUGCUUGAGCAUUGUGUCAAUGCUAAGUAGUUGCAAAGAAAAGAAAAGGCCACCGGAUAAUUCUUUCUAUGUGAAAACGUGUAAUAAAAAUCCAAAGAAGACUAAGUGGUGGUAUCACGAUGAUAGUGUCUAAAGGCAAGGCCCAUACAAAAAUCUUCAAGUUGCAAAUGUAUGGGUAUUAUUGGACCAAAUGGAAAUAAAUGUUUCCUGUGUCUUAAAAGGAACAUUGACGAGUUUUACAAGUAAAUUGCUGGGAUUUUAAUACAUAGCUGAACAUGUAGGUGCAUAAGCUAGAAAAGUGAUAACAGCUUUAUGACAUACUUACGAAUCGUAAUAAAAGUAAAGAAAUAAAAAGGAAAGAAAGAAAAUAAUAUGGCAGUUCAAAGUAUGGAAGUCGAAUUAUUACAUUGUUAAUGAUAAUGAAAUGUAUUACAUCUUACAAUUAGAUUUUAAAAAAAAAAAAAGAAUAUUAAAUUCAUAAUGCUAAGAGACAAACAGUUAAAGAUAAGGUUUAGAUAAAAGAACGGUAAAAUUUAUUGUUUUUUUUUUUUUUUUUAUAGAAUAGCAAAUCUCUAUUUGUUAAUAACAAUUAAGACGUAUUAGAAAAGGAUCUCUUAUUAUUAUGUAACAUUAAAACAAUCAUGGAUACUAUCGCACGAUGUAACUUCUUUGUUUAUGACAUUAACUAUCGCAAUAAGAGUGAAGCAUGGAAAGUAAUUGAACGUUAGUUAUGCAUAAUCUACAUUAUAAAGAAAAAACAAAAAAAAUGGAAAGAUAUAAUUAACGUGAGUAAGAAUACAGGUAGCACCAUUCAAAAGUUAUUUCAUACUUUUUAUCUCUUUUACCCCAUUUUGAAAAAGUUGAACAUUAUCUUUAUGUAAUCAUUGUGUUUUCUCUUAUCUUUUAUGAAGUAGUAUUAACAAACGUGAUCAUGAGUUUAUCUUUAUACGAAAAUUGGUUUAGUUUGCGUUCGAUAUGUAUAUAUAUACAUAAUAUAUAUAUAUAUGUGUGUUAGUAGUCUUUCCUUUAUAAUGUUUAAACGAUGUUAAGUACGAUAGCUCUUCAUAUUCUAGUAUGAUAAUACGGCACCGCGUGUUUAACAAUCUUUUUAUGUUAUACAUUUUUUAUUAAUUUAACGAAAAUCUAGUGUAUCUUUUUCCGUAUUAAAAAUAAAGUCUAUUGCUUUGCGUUAUAUUA